GAUGGCACUGCAGCUGCAAAUUGAGAAGCUCAAAGGUUUGGACAACUACAAGGCCUGGUCGAUGACGGUGCGGGCGUAUCUGGAGUCGGAGGAACUCUGGACGGUGGUGGAGAAUGGUCCCGAGAACAACGAGGAGUCCCUGCUGAAGGACAAGCGAGCCAAGUUUUUGAUUCUCUGCCUGAUCGAGACAAAGCUGUGCCAAUUCAUGGUCAGCAUCCGCACGGCCCGGGAUCUGUGGAAUUACCUGCGCACCCAGCACUCGCUGCGUUAAAGUAAAAAUCAAUAUAGAUCAGAUUCAGUCCAUUGUAUUACAAAUAUGUAUAUGAAUUACAUUUCGAAAGCAUA